AUGUCCCCGAUUCCAGAACCUGAGAAACGUGUCCUCUCCCGCGAAGAACAAAGUAAUCAGGAGCUGAUAGAGCUGUUGAAAGAGCUCCAGGCGGAGAUGGGUGACGAUCAGGGCCAGCAAAGUAAAGAGAUGGGAGCGGCGACACCAUCUUUCCAUGUCCCCCACGACAUUUCCCCAGAUUCUUUGUACCCGACCGACCUAUCUUGUCGCUCUGCUCUAGACUAUGCAAUGUUCUGCCAGAGCUUUGGUGGACAAUUCGUCAACAUCUACAGAUAUGGCACCUUCAGGUCGUGUUCCAACCAUUGGGAUGACUUUUGGCUUUGUAUGAGAACGAGGAACUGGGACAAGAAGGACCGGGAGAAGGCCAUCCAAGAGCACUAUCGAAAGAAAGCUGUAAAGUGGAAGACAGGACCAAGUAGUGAAGACGUGUGGGAAGUCAGACAAGAGCCGGUAAAAGAUGCCUUCCAAGGCAAUCUUGAAGAACUUGAAGCCCGAAUUGCAGAAUGGCAGAAAGCAAAUCCAGGUGCACCGGAUCCAUGGAAACAGGAAAAGGCGCCUACAUUCAACACAUCUAAUGUCACCUCCAGAUGA